AUGAACAACAACUGGACGUUGAGCAGCGACAUCCUGACCCUGGAGGCCCUGAAGGUGACCCCUGAGUCCUCCCUGCCUGCCUUCCUCCUCCUCCUCCUGAUCUACAUCUUCAUCGUGGUGUCCAACAUGGGCCUGGUGGUCUUGACCUUCAGCAGUCAGAGCCUCCAGCAGCCCAUGUACCUGCUGCUCUGCAACAUGAGCAUUAACGAUGUGUUCGGGGCCACCAUCAUCAUCCCUCACAUCCUCAGAGACCUGCUCAUCUCCAGCUCGGAGCGCUACGUCCAUUACAUCGUCUGCGCUGUUCAGGCCUUCUGCGUCCACCUCCACGCCAGCGUCUCCCACACAGUCCUCAUGAUCAUGGCCUUCGACCGCUAUGUGGCCAUCUGCAACCCGCUGAGAUACGCCGCCAUCAUGACCCACAGGAUGGUGGUGGGUCUAUCGUGGGCUGCUUGGGGAUCUGCUGGAGUCUUGGUCCUGAUCCUCGUCGGGCUGAGCGUCCGCCUGUCCCGCUGCAGGCGCCUCGUGUUCAACCUGUUCUGUGAUAACGCCUCUCUGUUCAGCCUCUCCUGCGAGAACCUCCUGAUCAACAACAUCUAUGGCCUUGGCUACACCGUGGUCCUGCUGGGGUCAUCCAUGGGCAGCGUCACCAUCACCUACCUGAAGAUCGCCGUGGUGUGUCUGAGCAGCAGGAACAAGGUGCUGAACAGCCGGGCGCUGCAGACCUGCGCCACCCACCUGAUCGUCUACGUCAUCCUGCUGGCGUCGGGCUUCAUCAUCGUCAUCCUGCACCGUUUCCCUCAGCUGGCCGACCACAGGAAGGUGGCGGCGGUUCUUGGCCACGUGGCACUUCCUGCUCUCAACGCCGUGAUCUACGGACUGCAGAUCAAAGAGGUCCGGCAGAAAAUCAGAGCUGUGUUCCAGAAACAGAACGUCACGGAUGUAAAAUAA